AUUGAUUCUAAGCUCCAUUCUAUUAAUUUUCAGGUUGAUACAAUACGAGCUGUCAUUAAAAAGGAACUUGAUUUACCGAUCAUCGAAAUUUCUGAUGAAGCAGCUAAACUGGACGGAGGUGAUGUCCUCUUCACAGGGAGAGAGUUCUUCGUGGGUUUAUCGAAAUGGACGAAUGAGGCAGGUGCUAGGGCUGUGGCCGCUGCCUUCCCAGAAUAUCCAUGCAGUGCAAUCAAGGUAACAGAAAGUCAACAUCUUAAAUCUUUGGUUUCUAUGGCAGGACCUGACGUGCUUUGUGUGAGUUCUGGAAAGGGGUCUCAAGAUGUUCUCAAGCGCAUUGCAAGAGAAGCAACGUUCAGCUACCAAACGCUAACUGUACCUGAAGAGAAUGCGGCUAAUGUCCUUUACAUAAAUGGCACCAUGAUUCAUCGAGCGGACGAGGAAAUUCCAGAAUCAAGCAAGGUAUUCUGUGACAAAAUUGAUUUCUCACGACACACGUUGAAAGUUUCGGAGCUACUGAAAGGAAACAGCAGCAGCAGUCUGAGCUCCUGCUGUAUUCUGCUCAGGAGAAUGCGUCACAUUCGCAGUUUGUAAGGAUCACAAGACGAAAGGAAGGAGGAGGAGGAAAAGAAGAGGACAGGAAAGAAAAGACAACCAUCCUGCUUUUGCCCCACCAUCACUGCGUAUUCAUCAAUCAUUUCAUAUAAUUUUAUGCAACAUUUAUCAUCUGUUUUUUAUUGUUGAAGUAUUUAUUUUUUAUUAUUAUUUAUUUGUUAGACCUUUAGCUAGAUUUGUUUAAGCUAAUUAUUUAUAUUAUUAGAUCAUCUAUUGAAUUAUCAAUAGAUAUAUUUGCCUUGAUUACCUUUCUAUCUAUAGUAGAGCUUCUAGUAGAUAAGAUGUAAUCAUUUGUUUUGUAAGAUAUAUAAUAUCUUUUCUAUUUUAUUCUUUACUUGUAUUAUUCAAUCAUUGUUCUUGAUAAUUUUGUAUUGAUGGGUAUCUGAAAUGUUCAAUCACUCAUCAAUACUAUCAAUCAAUAGUUUAUUGAUUACACAACAAUUCUUUACUAUCCACAUUUAAUAAGAAUCAGUUUGGAUUUCUGUUUUUAGAUCUUUCCAAGUUAUUUAAUCAUCAUUAAGGGAAUCAAUUCUGUACAGUCCUUUUCUCAAAUUAUGAAAUACUGUAUUAAAUUAAGAGUGAUGUUCCAUUUUGCUAUCUAUUUCUACGGACUUUUGAUUCUGUUUUUAAAACUUUCAUCUUUCUGAAGCUCAUGAAUUAUAGAUACUAUUGAUUGAUAAUGCGUAUUGAAAAAACUAUAGUGAGAUUCACUGUAACUGUCAGCAAUUGUUGAAUGGGAUGCAUUAAUUUUAUUUAUACGAGAUGCUGAAAGUUUGAAAUGAAUCUCAAUAUAGAAUGUACGUAUAAUGAUUGUGCUCUGAAUCGUUACCCAACUAGCCUAGCCUAUCUUUAUAGAGAGGUUACAAUUCCUGUUCUGUUCACAAAGGGAAGAGACUGACCAAGACACUGGGUUGGUAUUUAUUAACAUAUUAUAUUUAUUUGUGGAAAUAAAGAUUAAGGUAACUAACUUGUCAACUCUAACUACCAGUUGACAACAAGUUUAGAAUGAGAUUGCACUCAGUGUAGCGUUUACUGUCCUUGCUGUGUGUUUUUCAUCUAUAGUUAGUUCACUAA